GAACCUCUCAUUUUGGUCUAUAGUCUCAUAUUAGUUUCAGUAGAGUUGUAUCCAGUGCAAUGGAUUGUCGAAUGCUCAUAAUAUUUACCUCAGUUGUUUUUGAACAGGUUUGGACCAAUCAGACCGUUAUAAACAGCACACAACCUAUACAACUUAUAAACAACAUCACAGCCAGCACAACAGUAAAAAUCAACACCUCAAACCGUCAAACUACAACCAAGCGAUCCAUCACCUCAGCCCACCUCAACACAACAGUUGCCAACCAGUGCCAAAAUGGGGGUCACUUAACUGGGGGGGUCUGCCUCUGUCCAGACGACUGGAGUGGACCUACCUGCACUACUAAAAAUUUCUGUGAGCAGACAAACACAGAAAAAAACAAAUAUACCUUUCCAAAAACUCUCUUAGGCCAGUUUGCUUCCUCCAAAGAGCAAUGUCAAUUGGGAACACCAAAUGCUGGGAUCCCCAAGUCAUCAGCCCUCUGUAACACAAUUACUCACUCAUUUGAUCCUUCAAACGAUCUAGAUUGUCUUUUGACCCUGGACACCAUUAAUAUAAAUAUUUAUGGCAGUUCUGUGCAACAAAAAAACAAAUUAGCCUCCAGUACACAGAUCCUCACAUCCAUACCAGAACGGCUGACACCCUACAACAUCACAAAAGCAGCUGAGAUAACAAGCAUCCUGCUCUCCUCUGAUACAAAAAUGGACAUCGCUGUGUCAGCGGUUGCAACAGUCAGUCAACUCCUGAGUGCAAGUCCCAUGAAGUACUCUGAUGUCGACCAUAAGGCAAUCGCAAACCUUACAAAAUCUCUACAGAAACUCUCUCUGCAAAAAGAUUCAAAUACAUUGUUGGUACAGCCGAAUAUGGCAGUGCAGUCCAUUAAGGGGCAAACACAGAUCCGACAAGUGCAGUUAACCUCUUUUAAAGGGGAGAACGAUACCUUCAUACCUGACAGAAUAAAACUGGACUAUGCGACACAUGAGAAUGAGAAUCUACCUCAACACCAAAAUUACUUUGACCUUCAGAUGAAAGUCAUAUUUAAGGAAGCUUUUAAUAAAGAUGUUGGGAUUGUCCUGUAUGAGAACGAUCAGUUCUUCCAGUCACAAAGCUUUAAAUCAUCUCUGGAUAUCAAGAGAAGGGUGGUCUCCGCUAACCUGCCAGAAAAUCAUGAAUUGAACGAGGUUGAGUUAAAAGUCCCAGCACAAUCGACCGAUUCCAGCAAGUCCCUCCACAACUUUGCAUGCGUGUUAUGGCAUGAUUCCAAGCAAGAAUGGAGCACAAAAGACUGUGUCAAAGAAAUGAGCACCACGGGUCACGCAACAUGCAGAUGUAAACCUAAUCAAGCAAAUAUAAACUUUGCCAUCCUAAUGACUUUCAGUGGAAACUAUCAAUAUUCAGAGGCCCUACAUUGGAUCAGCAUCACAGGCUGUUCUCUUUCUGUAGUGGGUCUGGCUAUCACAGCAGUGUACCAAGUUGUGACCAGGAAGUCAAGAGGGGGGAGCCCUACUCUACUUGUGGUGAACGUCUGCUUGAGCAUGACGAUUUUCUACCUUCUCUUCAUCUUUGGCAUUAACAACACUGAUCAACAUAUGAAGGCUGUAAAGUUUUCAGAGGAGAAUAUGGUUCCUGAAUCAGAUCACUAUCAGGAACCAGAUAACGGUCACUGCACGGCAGUUACAGCCCUACUUCAGUACUUCUUGUUGGCCACAUUCACUUGGAAUACUCUGUAUGGUGCAAAUGUGUAUCUUCUCUUCAAAAACAAAGUGUCAGGAACGCCUCAAUGGUUUCCAAAGGUAGCCUUGGCAGUUGGCUGGGGGCUUCCUGCUGUCAUUGUUGGAAUCUCAUUGGGAUCCACCUACAGAGUGAAGGAACCUUUAGGUUAUCGUCAAGAAGAGUUUUGUUGGUUGGCUUUCCUGGACCAGAAACACAACUUUGAUAUGAGGAAACCCAUGUUCUGGGGAUUUUUGCUCCCUCUAGUGAUCAUGCUGAUCUCCAACACAGCAAUGCUGCUGUUCUUCUCUCACAACGUCUGCAGGACCAACCCUAAUUUAAACAAGUCACGGGAAACUCCUUUAAAGAAGAAGCUUUUGAGUAGUUUCUCUCUAGCCGUGAUGCUCGGUUUGUCUUGGGUCACAGGAUACAUUUUACUCAUCAGCCAAGAAAAAACUCUCAAGCUCAUCCUUAGUGUGGUUUUCUGUCUCUGCAACACAACACAGGGCAUUCAAAUAUUCAUUUUAUUCACUCUGAAAUCUAUAUUAAACAAGAAACCAGCUAUUCUGGACACUAUGCAUGUAGCACAGAUAAGCCUUCAUAGGAAAACUUUCUCUUUAUGGAAAGUUAACAUACCUGAAAGCAGAGAAACCUACACAUCCACAGAUCUCGACUUUUCCAGUCCACCAUAGGUCGUCAGUAAAGAGCUGGAGCAGAUCAUUGGAUGUUCAGAUUGUGAUCUUCUCCUCAGCAUUUAGGGACAACAUGCAUUGAUACUAUGAGAUUCAGGAUGAGAGUAAGGCUCAAUACAUAGAUGGUGAGAAGGAGGGAUACAAACUUGUGUUGUUGAUUUAUAUCUUUGUGUUGUAAUGGUAAUAAAGAGUACUUGCAUGUAAAAUGAAUACAAAUUAAAUCUUGAAUUAAAUCAAGUCAGUGUCUUUUUGAUGGUGCUGUUUGCAUACUCAUUUAGCAAUCUCCAUAUUGUACUCAGUGGAGAAGGAAAGUGUUCAAAAUAUUACACCUGGAAGCAAGUCUUCCUGAUAAAGCAAGUAAAGGAAUGGUUUACCCAAAAGGAAAGUUUGUAUCAUAAUUAACCCCAAUGUCAUUUCUAAAACCUGCGUGACUUUUAUAAUGCAGAACAAAAUAAGAUGUUACUGAAUAUCAAUGUAUAGCUUUUUUAAAAUAAAAUGGCAGAGGAUUGCGCUUCUCUUUAAAGCACAAAAAAGGACCCAAA